AUGAAUAAGAUUAAACUCCCAGGAAGCGUAGCCCGCGUCUACGCAGAUGUCAACGAAAAGAUGGGUGAGGAUUACUGGGACUACGAGAACCUCUCUCUGCAGUGGGGGACUCAGGAGAUUUACGAAAUCAUUCGCAAGGUGGGCCGAGGCAAAUAUUCCGAGGUUUUUGAGGCCAUCAACAUUGUCAAUUACGAGAAACGCUGCAUCAAGGCCCUGAAGCCCAUCAAGAAGAAGAAGAUCAAACGUGAGGUCAAGAUCCUGCAGCACCUCGCAGGCGGACCAAAUGUUAUCCGCUUGUACGACCUUGUGCGAGACCCGCAGUCCAAGACUCCCGCCUUGAUAUUUGAGUCUGUGGACAACGACGACUUCAGGGCUCUCUACCCAAAGUUCAACGAUGAUGAUGUCCGAUACUACAUGUUUCAGCUUUUACAGGCGCUGGACUUUUGCCACUCCAAAGGCAUCAUGCAUCGAGAUUUGAAGCCCCACAAUGUUAUGAUUGACCACCACAAGCGCAAGCUGCGUUUAAUUGAUUGGGGUCUGGCUGAGUUUUAUCAUCCAGGAACUAUGUACAACGUCCGUGUAGCUUCGAGAUAUUGGAAGGGACCCGAAUUGCUCGUGGACUUGCAGGACUAUGACUACUCUUUGGACUUGUGGAGUUUGGGUGCCAUGCUGGCUGCAUUGAUCUUUCAAAAGGAGCCCUUCUUUCGCGGAUCAGACAACAACGACCAGCUGAUCAAGAUUGCACAGGUGUUGGGAACGGAUGAACUGUUCAGGUACCUGGACAAGUACUCACUGGAGCUGGACGACCACCAUCAUGUGCUGCACGAAUACAUACCUCGCAUGGCUUGGGGCCGAUUUGUGACACCCCAAAACCAACACCUCGUCUCGAAUGACGCUCUGGACUUGCUUGGAAAGUUGUUGCGAUACGACCAUCAGGAGCGUCUAACUGCGGCGGAGGCUAUGGCGCACCGGUACUUUGAUUCAGUCAGGAAUCCUGACGACUCCGAGACGGCCGAGUCUGAGGAUUGGAGUGACAUGCUCAGUUAA